AUGCGCGUCUUCUCCCGCCUCCUCGCCGCCCCGGUCUCCAUUGGCUCCAAAGCCAGCCUAAACACCGAACCACUGGCCCUCCUCCCUCCCAUCCCGCUGUACCGACGCAUCCUACGCGCCCAUCGCAAAAAGCUGCCGUCGGAGAUGCGCUUGCUGGGGGACGAAUACGUCAAGAGCGAGUUUCGGGCGCAUCGCAGCUCGGAUAACCCGAUUCACAUUGUCGGGUUUCUGACGGAAUGGCAGCUUUACGCACAGGAAAUAGAAGGUGAUACGUGGAAAGGAAAGAAGCUGGACAAGUCCAAGGUGGAAAAAAUGAAUGAUCAGCAAAUCGGCCAACUUUACGAGCUUAUGCAAGCAAUCAAAAACAAGGAUGAGGGAAAUGAAGAGGAUCAGUAA